GUCCAUUCUCUUCGUCUUUUCCUAUAUACGCAACUGCGAGAGAGCUUGCCUGGGUUUAUCCAUCCGCAAUUCUCUCUCUCCUCAAGAAAAACUCGCGAUUCGAGAUGGCAGGCUAUCCUCCGGGCUCCGGCUACCCUUACGGCGCGAGGCAGGGACAGCCCUACGGCGCUCCCCACUACGGUGCCCCGCCGAACCCGUACGGCACCGGGUCUCCGCCGCAACCCUACGGUGCCGCCCCUCCACCGCAACCCUACGGUGCCGCCCCUCCACCGCAACCCUACGGUGCCGCCCCUCCGCCGUCGGCGCCGUAUGCCCCGGCCGGGGAGAAACCCCCCAAGGAAGGCAAGGUGCAGGGGGCCCACGGGAGCGGGGGCGGCUACCACCAGUAUCAGACCCCGCCGCCGCUGGCGGGGGCGUACGGAAGCCCGUUCGCGGCGCUAGUGCCGUCGGCGUUCCCGCCGGGGACGGACCCGAACGUGGUGGCGUGCUUCCAGGCGGCGGACCGGGACGGGAGCGGCUUCAUCGACGACAAGGAGCUCCAGCAGGCGCUGUCCUCCUACAACCAGAGCUUCAGCAUCCGGACCGUCCAUCUCCUCAUGUACCACUUCACCAACAGUAACGUCCGAAAGAUCGGGCCAAAGGAAUUCUCCUCGCUGUUCUACAGCCUUCAGAACUGGAGGGCCAUCUUUGAGAGAUUUGAUCGGGAUCACAGUGGUAAGGUUGAUUCUUCAGAGCUACGAGAAGCUCUUCUUAGUCUUGGGUUUUCUGUUUCUCCAGUGGUCCUGGACCUGCUCGUGUCCAAGUUUGAUAAAUCUGGAGGCAAAAAUAAAGCCAUUGAAUAUGAUAACUUCAUCGAAUGUUGCCUCACUGUUAAGGGGCUAACAGAAAAGUUCAAGGAGAAGGACACCGCGUACAUGGGGUCGGCCACAUUCACUUAUGAAUCCUUCAUGCUCACUGUCUUGCCCUUCCUCAUUGCAUAAAGGAAGCUGUGUAUAUAAGCCUUGUUCUCUUUCGGACAGAUUACCCAGUGUUGCACUCUCUCUGCCUUGUUUUCCUCUAGGUCAUGUUGCUUGUGAUACUAUUUAAUGUUGAUUCGUGGUGACGAUCUUUUCCUUGUGUGUUCCUUUGGAUGGUUUGCAUUGUAUGUGAUCUCUUUGUGGACAUGAGGCCAGCAACAUGAAAUGCUUUGGCUUUAUAGUCUGAUCGAACAUCAGGCAAAUGGAUGCAUCAUGCAAAUCUGCAUAUAUGACUUCA